UUAUGUCUGAUACUUCAACCAAUUCAUAAAUUGAUAAAAACCUCACCGAAUAAAUAUUUUUUGAAACAGGAACCGUACCUUCCUCGAAAAUUUACAGGGGAUAUCUAAAACUGGAAAGAAGACGAGGUUUUUUUUUUACAAAAAACAUAUCAUAUAUUGUCUGACCAUUUAACUAAUAAGCGAACAAAGGGCACGGCCCAAUUUAAUUUCACUGGCGUCUCCAAUUUUACCAAGUCAGACGCAAAGCCCAUUACAGCCCAAACAUAUUGAAAACCCGAACUAGCAAAACAUACAUUUCCAAACUUUGGUCUGUGGCCCACUAAACCACAUCGGCAGAUGUUUUACGCAUUACAUCGUCUCUGCCGUUUCAUCUUUAUACGAAAUAGGUUUUAAUGGUUAUACUUAUUUCCCUUUAAUCCUCGCCAUCUCCCUGCUUGCAAAAUUCUCCAAACAAACACCAGUGUCUCUCAACUCUUUUUGUAUCCAUCUCUUCGUUUACCCACGUUCAUAAAAUCAUGACUCACAUAAAUUCAACAAUUAAAUUUUAUUCAUUCCAAGUAUAACUAUCUUCCCCUAUCUCUCGACCUUCCCAGAAAAUGGAACCGUCAAUUGAACUUAAAUUCUAUAAAUAUGAGAAGCCUGACAGAGCUAAUUCUUCAAACCCCUUACUAAUUUACUCAUAUCUUCAACCUAGCAACCUGCUCUCGAAAUGUCUUCUUCUCAUGCUCUCGGUUCUGAACAACCCCUCCAUCACUCAACUUUUGCCGAUCUUCAGCUUGGAAUAUCUUCCCAGUCAAUCCUUGCUCGCCUCCUCCGGUAUUGGGACUCGCCAAACGUCGACAACCCCAGUGAAUCCAUGGGAAUCACUUUGCUUUUCCUUGAUGAGAAGGAUUCAAUGCUCAGCGGAUUCAUUCCUGCAAACCAAGCCGAUGACUACCGUUCAUCUUUACAAGAGGGUGACGUUUACGAAGUUGCACACUUUGAGGUUGAAAGAUGCCCACAUCUGUACAAGCUUACGGAGAAUACUUUUGUAAUCCGGUUCAUCGCCCAAACAACUUUGGUUAAAUCCAUCAGCAAUGGUCCUGUUAUCAGCUUACAAAAAUUCAUGCUUCGCAAGCAUGACCAUCUCCAAAUCCUAGCCAACACAAACUUAGAACUCCCAGAUGUUGUUGGUCAAAUUCAAUCUGUCAAAGGUUAUGGCCUUACAGACCCUCAAGUCAUUUCUCCACUUCUCAUCCGUUUCCUCAUUGAACCCACCGUCGAAGUGUACUUGUCUUUAUGGGACGAUGCGGCAGCAACUUUUAAGGGUAUCCUUAAUUCAGAGGUUAGAGUCCACACCGUCAUGGUGGUCACAACGGUCAACCCAACAAAAAUUGGAGAUAAGCUUUACCUCAACUCCACACCAGCAACCAAAUUGUUUUUCUGCUCCAAUCUCCCACCCAUCACAGAGUUCACUUCAAGGUUAAGAACUGCAGUGGGCGAAGAGAUUCCCAGUUACCACGACAAAACAUGGAUCAAUGACACGCAACUAAGCUCCAUUGGAGAUCUCAACAUGUUCCUCUCCAACACUACCGACCAGGUACCUUAUUUUAUAUGCAAAGCACGGAUUGUUGAGAUCUUGACCAAAAAUGGCUGGUUUUAUGUCUCAUGCACUCGCUGCAACAAAAAAAUAGAAAAUUCUGCUGCAUCUCUCCGCUGCAACCAAUGUCUUAUCUCCAACGUCACCGGUGUUGUUAGGUACUGUGUUGAAUUACUGGUUGAUGAUGGGAAUAAUUAUGCAACUUUUGUGGUGUUCGACAAGGAGAUGCUUAAGCUCACAAACCAAGAUGCAGCAACUCUGUUUCUUGAUCAGGUCAAUCGUGGUGUCAACGAGAACCUUCCACAGUGCAUAGCAGACCUUGGCGGGCAAGAAUUUCUUUUCCACGUACGUGUCACACCAUCCAAUCCCACCCCAAUCAACCGCACAUUCACCGUCGCUGCAGUCAGUCACACUAUCAACCCCGAGAAUCCCAAGAUCAAUGAACACGCAUGUGUUGACGUGAAAUGUGAGGAAGCAUCCACUUCAGCUUCUGCCAGCAAGACGUCAACAGCUGAGGUCAAACAAGGUGGACGCAAGCACCCACGUGAUUGAGUGUUGAAAGGAAUCAAAAAGUCUUCCCCAACCCUGCUUCUUUAGCUUUAAGAAUUUUUAAAUUACUAUGCAUUUCCUAUUUCAGACUUUGCCAUAUUUUCCAGUAUUUUUCCAGCUUUUUAAGAAAUUCAUUCGAACAAUGUACCUCACACGAGGCUGACUUUUUUAACAUUUUAAUAGUUCCAAAAGGAUUGACGUAAUA